UCUGGUUUCAAUGUGGAACAGACCAGACAGUGGUGUCGAUUGCGCUCAUUGAAUUGGCUCCGUAUCUGCUUGCUCAUUGAGCGUGGAGUUUUGGAUACCGGUGAACUGUCUGUCGUAGAUCACCGUCAUGGGUACCGUGAGAGGGAUUGUGCUUGUGGCUACUCUUUUGGUGGUCGCCGCUGCACCCGUUUUCACUGCGGCUGCAACGGGGGGAUCAAUGUUGGACGCGUUGGGGAUAACUUGCCGGGCCCGGGUCGGAUCGUCGAACUGCUGCAACGCCGCAAGGUGAGAAUUUACGAUGCCGAUCUAAAGAUGCUGACCGCUUUUAAAGGAUCCGGCAUUAAAGUCACUGUGGCGGUUCCGAACGACGCUGUGGCAACCGUCGCCAGCAGCCAGCAAGAGGCCGACAGGUGGGUCCGCACCCACGUCAAGCCAUUCGUCAGUUUCAUCGACCGAAUAGCCGUUGGAAACGAGUGGCUUCAUGGACACAAACGAGAUGUGUCUCCACUUGUAUUAGCGAUGCAGAAUAUCCAUCGAUCGCUGGUCAAACUCAGCCUUAGCAAAAUCAAAGUGACAACACCCCACGCCUUCGACGCCAUAGGCUUUCCCCCGUCGAAGGGCAGGUUCCCGUAUCCCGCGGACAUGAAACGCAUCCUCAACUUGCUCCAGACCACGAAGUCUGCUUUCACUUUGAACGUCUACCCAUUCUUCGCUUACAAGGUUAAUGCUAACGUAAACAGGGAAUAUGCAGUCUUCAACCCAAACAGCAACCAUGUGAUAGACAUGGGAAGGAGAUACACGAACUUGUUCGAUGCCCAGGUGGACACUCACAGGAGCGCUAUGGCCGCUAUUGGCUACCCCGAUUUUCCUCUCGUCAUCGGGGAGACCGGAUGGCCGAGUGCCGGAAGCAACGCUCGUGGAGUCAACAUCCAGGAUGCGCAGACAUACAACAACAACUUGGUGAAGCAUGAGCUGAGCAGCGAAGGUACCCCGAUGCGUCGCAACGUCAGAAUGCCGACGUAUAUCUUCGCGCUUUUCAACGAGAACUUGAAAGGUGGCGGGAUCGAGAACAACUGGGGUUUGUAUCACCCCAACAUGACUCCAGUCUACAGUAUCAAUCUAUCCGUGUAGGACCUCUGUCAAUGAUUCCUAGCGAUUCUGCAACAUUCGGCAGAUAUCGGUUGUUUAGUUGAGGCCGUGUGCAGCUAAUGAUAAUGAGUUCUCGGUGUCCGCCCAAGACUUCAACCGAGAACUUUCAUUUGCGAUCGGAUGCAGGUCGGAUUAGGAAGUCGAGGCAGUGCUGUAGAACAUUGCAAAGAGCUGAAAAGUGGUUUGGUAAUGAACGAAAAAUUCAAUAGUAACUUUAACGGUGUGAAUAAAGUUGGAUGUGUACCCA